UCACUCUCGCAGUCUCACUGUCUGUGUUUCUGCUUCUCUCAAACGUCACAAGUGCUGUGUAAGGGUUUGGGUCUGACUGGUCCCAGCAUGGUGAGUUGUGGACAGGGCUAGGAGGCAAGGUCCAAGAGCACAGAGCAUUACAUGGCAUUACGCAUCACAGAUGCCCCUUACGUCACUCUGCACAGGAUGAAAGGAAGAGAGGAGGAGGAAGAGGAAAGGGAGGCUGACGUCACAGACGACGAUGGCAAUGGUCAAAAUGCGGGAGGAAUGGAUGAGACUGAGAGGAAUGCAAGAGUCCUUUGGGAUUACCUCUGUCUGAAUCAGCCUUUAGAGAAGAGUGACGUGAUCAUCGGACUGGGCUGCCACGACCUGCGGGUGGCAGAACGAGCGUCUGAACUCUUCCUGGAGGGCUAUGCCCCAUGGCUGCUCUUCACCGGUUACCUGGGCAAGCAGACAGCAGGUGUGUGGACCAGGCCAGAAGCGGAGGUGUUCCUGGAUGUGGCUCUGGGUAUGGGGGUCCCCCGCAGCAGCAUCCUCCUGGAGAUGGCAGCCACCAACACGGGAGAGAACAUCCGCUUCUGCUACCAGCUCCUAAGCGACAGCAACGUCCCAGUCGACAGACUAAUCCUUGUCCAGCAGCCUUUCAUGGAGCGGAGAGUCAUGGCCACGUUCCUCCACCAGUGGCCGGGGCCCAAGGGAAGCACCCGGGCCAUGGUCACCUCUCCCCAGUCAGACGUGGCCUCCUACCCCAACACCAGCGUCGGCACCCAACACGACCUCAUCUGCUACAUGCUAGGGGUCAUGGAGCGAAUCAGGGACUACCCGCAGAAAGGGUUUCAGGUGCAGCAGGAUAUUUCGCCGGAGGCCAUGCUGGCAUAUGAUUGGUUCCUGGCAGAGGGUUACCACCCACAGUGAGGUUCCGUGGAAACGCUCAGCAUGUCAACACCUGAGUCAGGCAGCUUUCUCGACUGACGCACCUCUCUUUGCUCUGAAUAAAAGCAGCGGCACUGGGAAUUGCAUUGCGCAAUGCAUGCCAUAUCACAAUUUGGCAGUGUUAUUGUAAAGGGAGCAGCGCUUCCUUGGAAGUUUUGCUGAUGAAAUGAUGAUUUGUAAGGGCACCCACCCUGGCAAAAUCUGUAGGGUUAAUGUUACUCAAGUUCUCAACCUUAAAGGAAUAUUUCCAAACGUUUCUUGUAGCAGGGUAAACAUACUUCUAAAAUGUGCUAACCUUGGCUUGGUGCAUGUGUGGCUACUAGGUUUGUGAAUCACUCAACACCAACCUUUGUGCAUGUCUAGAUAAAAGCCUUACUCCUUCAUCUUUAUCGCAUAGUUCGAUAAAAAAAAAAUCUUAUGCCACUAUUAAAUGCGCUUUUAAAUACGUGUGUCGUGCACAUUCAUGCUGACAUCUAUGCCUGUAGUUACCACCUUGCCUUUCACCCAGAAUCACUCUGGUUGUUGUAC